GAACACUUCAACUCGUUACAUCUCCUUACAAGAGCACCUGAAUGACUCCCCUUGCAGCAUACAUUGUUUCAGUCAAGACCUCGAUAUCCAUGGACUACUCGGUGUCGACGCAGACGUACGUCAAGCUGGUGCUUCAUGCAGCCAAGCGGCCCGCGAACGCUGUGUGUGGCCUGCUGCUAGGCACAGAGCAAGGUCAGGGCUUCUCCAUCUCGGACGCUGUGCCGCUAUUCCACCACGAGGCGCCGCUGGCUCCGCUAUUGGAAGUGGCAUGCGCCAUGGUGGACGCGUAUUGCCAAAAGAGUCAAAAGUUGCAGAUCGUGGGCCUCUACUAUUCCGGAAGCGGGUACUCUCCAUCUGAUUCUGGCAAUGGACUCAGCCACUUCGCCGAGAAGGUUGCGGACAAGGUGGAGCAGAACUGUUCGAGAGCUUGCGUCUUGGUGCUGGACAACCAGCAGCUUAGCAGUGAGUCCAAGACGGGGCUUCAGAUCCUGCUGAAGGACGUGAAACGUGGCUGGACGAAGGUAGAGAACCGACUGAAGGUGGCGGAUGGGGCGACCAAGACGGUGACUCAAGGACUGAAGCAGAGUGUGCAAGAGGACGUCGUGGACUUUGAGGAGCACUUGGAAGACCCUAGUAAGGACUGGCGGAACCCUCAUGUGGUGGAGCUGCUCAAACUCAACGUAUAGAAUGAUACAGACGCAGGAGACUCCGAUUCAUACAACAGUGAGCUGCUAUUUGGUUUACAUACAACGAGCUCUGUCUAUGCUGCUCUAGAGGAGUGCAUCUGUAAGCCGACGUGUUGUCUGGACGUACACUUCGUGCUGCAAGUUGGUACUCUUCUGCACAGACGACGUAGCGAGUGAUCGGAGGUAGUUAGACAGCAAUAGACGAGCGUUCUCCACGUCCCAGAGCAGCGGAUGAGCGUGACGCAGAGCGCACGUUAGACGUCCAGCAGCUGCAAACUCGCACUGUGUCACCAGCGCACACACGACGUAGGCACCGCUGGAUGUCCAGAGCGCUGACGGUCUGUCUUGCAAUACAAAAGCGACAAUCGACGAGUGUAGACCGUGCUGCAACAAUACAGCCACGUCGAAACGCAGCAGUGUGAGCUCCAUGACUGUAGACCAGGUACGAGAUCCUUGUUGCAGUUGUCGUACAACUGACAAAGCGCGAUCGACGUGCUUCGCUCUUAGAGCAUCAAAAGGACACAUCAACAGCAGUUGAAUGGCGAGUUCGAGGUUGUUGGCCUCCCAGUGCACCAAGAUGACCGCUUCUGUCACUUCUUCUUCGUUACUGAGCUCUGCGUAGGCGUGAGUAGCGUACCAACUCAAUAGACCUGAUCCCCAGACGCCCCGUGCAAAGAGAGCAGACCAGCACGUCGCGUCCUGCUCAUUAGGAAGCAA